AUGCACCAGCACAUCAAAUCUACGUCCGAUGUACCAGAGAUAGGAGGAUCAUCUGCUGGAUUUAUUGUCCUCGUUGUCUCCCUUUCUGCUCUCAUCAUCAUAUGUUGCAUCGCCGUCUUCUUCCUUCUGCGAAACCACAACCCUACACCAUAUGAACGUGAAAUGCGCCGUGCGCGGAGGCUGCAUAGGCGACAGGAACGUUCGCUGUACGAGACACCCUCCGAGCAUCCUAGCUUCGGUGGGAGGCUUGCACGAUUGUUUGGACGGAGGAAAUCCCAAGGUUGGACCAGGGCGCUCGGUGACGAGGACGAUUGGGACGCUGCCGAAGAGCGGCAAGGGUGGAAGCGGGGUGAGUACGUCCGCAAUCGUGAGUACGCAGCGCCGUACCGGCCUGCGGCCUCGCAUACGCCACCGAUAGACGGGCGGGAGACGAGUACCGACUUUGUGGAGCUCUCUGCGCCGAGUGCUACGGGAGACACUGUAUCUUAUGUGGAUCCAUUUUCGUCGUCGCCUACUUCCAUGGAGGCGGAGGAGCAGAGGGAAUCGCAAGUGAAGGGAGCAAAGGAGGGUGCGCAGUCUUCGGCUGAGGUGAAGGGGUCUGGGUCCCCCUCGCCGAGUGUCUUCCCCGUACGCAAGUUCAGAGGCGGAUCGAAGUUCACAGAGGUGAUAGACCCCUGA